UUACGUAUCAAAAACCCGCAAAAACUCCAAAUAUUUUUCAACCUCUUCGCUCUCAGCUGUGAACUGUUCUCCAUUCUACACAUCAACUUAUAAUCAGCUUUUGAUUCUGUAGCAAAGAAAAUACGAUAAAUCAAUCAGAAGGAAAAUGGGACCCAAAAAUUGCAAAGUAUGCGACGACGCACAAUCAAAAUACAAGUGUCCCAAUUGCUUCAUACCCUAUUGUUCUUUGGUCUGUUUCAAGAAGCAUAAAGAAAUUUUCUGUGUGAAACCGGAACCAGAACUAGAACCUUCUUCUGUGGAAAAGCUUGCUUCUGCUCCGGAAUCACAUGUGGAGAAGCCAAUCUACGUUGAUGAGCAAAGCGAGGUGCUGAAUCAGUCACGACUAGAGUCUAUAGCUUCUUCCAAUGAAAUUCGUGAGGCUAUACGGAACAAAGAGCUUCAAAAUCUCAUAUGCAGCAUAGAUUCUUCUAUGGAUGC